UGUAAGGAUUCCAUAUUCUCUACACCCCGACCAAGCUCUAAAAUGAACACCAAUGAACCACGCGGUCGCAAUCAUCCACUUAUGUGGAUACAUUCCUUCAUCUCCCUUGUCCAUUUUCUUUCAUUACCUUACCUUGUGCUCAGACCUCACCAUCUCCUUGUCUCACCGAAGUAUUUUCACCUCGCCUUACACUUCAUGUUCUCGUUCCAGCCUAGUCAAGUAUUCGAAAACGUAUAUAUACUGCUCAUGUACUCUCCUACCUACAGCGAAUCUUAGAGUCAGAUUCCCACUCCAAGAAC